AUGUGUAAAGGAAAGUUUUUACUGAAUAAUGUCCCAGGUGAUUUGGAAAAAAAUACAGAAUCAGUCACUGUUGCAUCGAUGUGUAAAGAAAAGUAUAUUCUAAAUGUCUCCGGUGAUCUGGACAUAUAUGCAACUGCGGUUACCGGUGCAGUUUCUGUUGGUCUAAGCUACUCAAAAUUAGAUAAAUUACUAUGGGCGAUUGAUUUACCUAUGAUGACUGAGCCUAUGUACCAAAAACAGCACGAGUUUGUUUCUAACGCCUGGGAGAAAGCACUUGGUCAAUCAAGUCAAUUGGAAACUAAAUCAGUACCGGCGGAUUUUUUCACAAGUUCUGUAUGGCAGAGAAUAUGUUGUAUUGCUGGUCAUUCAAGAAGUCCUGUUAAUGAUGUUGAAAGUAAUAUUGUAGAAUGUUUUCACAGCUUUGUGGCCAAGUUAGUUGGGGGUAAAAAGUAA